UAGCGGUGUUUUCAAGAUGUUUUGGUCAGUAAUUGCGGCUGUGAUUCUAAUGUCCGUGUCUUGGACACAGGAUGUUACCGGUGAACUCAGCAGCCCACCAAAUCCAAUGGAAGGUAACGAAGCUGUGUCUUUCCAACAGGAAAUAAAUCAUUUUCAAUCGCAGUUACAAGAUCUACAGUCGAACUUCAAUUUACAACAACAGGAAAACAGCCAACUCCGUACAAGUGUAAGUCUACUAUUAGCCACUGUCAGUCAACUCCAGACAAUUGUAACUGAACUACAGCACGCUGUUCCUUCACAAAACACCACUACCUCUGAAGUACAAAACCAGUCGACGUCUUUAACUUUGAUGCAGUCUUAUUUGGAAUCCUUUAGCGCGAGCUAUAACGCCAGUGUACGAGACCUCCAGUCUUCUUUUGCUCAGCUUCAAGACAAAGUGACUGAAUUAGACGAUGUCAACAUUGAACUACAGACGACAUUAUUACACUCUCAAGAACUUCAGCAAAAUGCAAUAGGGGUGCAGGGAAACGUCACUGAAUUCCUGUGCGAGCAUUUCACCCACUCGAAUGUCUCUGUUGCCGGUAACGUCACUGCGGGCACGGCUGUGAUCAGAGGACGGGAUUGGACCUAUGGCGAACAGGACGGGCAUGAUCACGUGACGGGCGUAGUCAUGGAUAAACAUACACCCGCUGGGCUGGCGUACGUGCACUGGGAAAACGGUCUGGAAAACAUUUAUCGGGUAGGAUAUGCCGGUGGGUUUGACCUCUACUAUUACUACCCGGAUGUCCUGAGAAAGUUCAGGCACGUGCUGUGCCAAAAUUGAUUUCUACC